AUGUCUCUAAGAAAAGCAUACCUUUUAGCUAAGGAAGUUAUAAAGUACCAGGCGACAAACGCUUCCCGACAAAACUUAUGGCUCUUAUCGGCUAGUCCGGCAAGAUUUUACACCACCGAAAAUUUAGGUAGUAAGAACAAAGCAGACAAGACGCCUGAGAAAGUAGAUAUUCUGGGGCGAUUCUUUCCACAAAAUAAUUUAAACAUAAAAGAUGCACAAGAAGUUAAGAAGGAACAAGAAAAGUUUGAAAAGGAACAAGAAGAGAAGACCCAAGAAAAUGAAAAGAGCUGGCGACGGAUGAAGUUGGGGUUUGCUGUGUUUGGUGGAGCAAUAACUGUAAUGGGAGGUUGCAUGGUUGUAGAAAUGGGAGCACCAAAACGAGGUGAUGAUGGUCAGUUAUUAGAAGAUGAGUUUUCUCACUUACCUAUAAUCUUGCAGUACUUAAGACGAACAUGGAAGGAGCUUACUUUCUAUGAAAAGAUGAUUAAAGAGCCUUCUCGUGAGAAACUAUUGCCUGAUCCAUUGCCACCACCCUAUCAACCUACAUAUACUUUAGUCUUAGAGUUUACUGAUGUUUUAGUGCACCCAGAUUGGUCUUAUCAAACUGGAUGGAGGUUCAAAAAACGCCCUGGUGUAGAUCAAUUUCUCCAGACAGUGGCAAGUUCUGACUAUGAAGUAGUUAUAUUCACAUCAGAGAAUGUGUUUAUGAUCUGGCCAGUGUUGGAUAAAUUAGAUCCAGAAAACAAGCUUAUCUCAUACAGACUAUUCCGAGAUUCAACUCAUUUCAUUGAUGGAGUUCAUGUUAAAAACUUGGAGGGUCUGAAUAGAGACUUGUCUAAGGUAAUAGUUGUGGAUUGGAAUAAGCAAGCAACAAAGUUUCAACCUGAGAAUUCCCUUAUACUGCAGAAAUGGAAGGGUGUUGACGAUGACACAGCCUUGCUUGACCUAGCUAAUUUAUUGCAGACGAUAGCAAUGUCAAAUGUAUCAGAUGUCCGUGAGGUUCUGACUUAUUACAGUCAAUUCGAUGAUCCAAUAGCAGCAUUCCGCGAAAAUCAGCGCAAGUUGCUUGAGCAAAUGGAGGCUGAGAAGAAAGAGCGCGAGACUCAUCCCGAAACAAACCUAGCCCGCGGCUGGCUUCGGACAUUUACUAGACGCUAG